CGGCGCCCAUGACAUCAUUCUGACGGGGUUUCCAUAUCUUCGAUGCAAGGGUCUCAGUAUUUUGACAUUGAGUCAAUCGGCGAUUAUUGCCGUAUUUUGGGCCUCUGUAUCUUGGAUUUUAAAAGACAUCGUACCGAGUUUCUUGUAUGUACAUGUUCUAGCUACGCUGUCGGACCAUUUGACAGGUUGUAGGUGAGAAUGUGCUGUGAUGGUUGCCAGGUACAAGUACUUCUACACGACAAAUUUUUAAUCCCCUGCGACUCUUGGCUCCUCUGGAACGGUGGACGACCGUGUCAAAAUUUGUCCGAUCUCUGGAACUGAGAUGACUGUGGCCAUGCGUGGCAGCCCCGCAGGCGGGGACAACCCCCAGCAGGACUCACCCCAGAAUCCAGCCCCAGGGGGUACACCUGCCAACCCUCCCCAGCAACAACAACAACAACAACAAGCAGGGACUCCGACAGCACCCCCUGUAGAACCACCCCCUGCACCUGAGGGGGAGGGGGGUGAUGUGGCAACGGAGGGGGUAGAGGAGCUUCCUGAGGGGGUGGAGCCUGACUUCCCCAAUGCGGAGCUUGCUAAGCUGGAUGACAUGAUAAACCGACCACGCUGGGUGGUGCCUGUACUGCCCAAGGGGGAGCUGGAGGUUCUACUGGAGGCCUCCAUAGAGCUGUGCAAGAAAAGCCUGGACACGCGGAGCGAAGCUUGUCAGCGAUUCUUCCGCGACGGUCUCACCAUUUCCUUCACCAAAAUCCUGACAGACGACGCUGUUAGCGGCUGGAAAUUCGAGAUCCAUAGAUGUAUCUUUAAGAAUGCAGAGAAGUUGAUAGAGCUGUGUGUGACCAAGUUGUCUCAGGACUGGUUCCCUCUGCUGGACCUUUUAGCAAUGGCCCUCAACCCACACUGCAAAUUUCAUAUCUACAAUGGCACAAGGCCGUCAGAAACUGUGCCAGUUGGAACCCAGUUGGCUGAUGAUGAACUUUUUGCCAGGCCCCCAGACCCCAGAAACCCAAAGGGUUGGCUAGUGGAUUUGAUAAACCGGUUUGGCCAGUUGGAAGGAUUCAAGAUUCUGAAGGAACGAUUCCUGGCCGGACAUCUCAAUGUUCCCAUCAUUGCUGCUCUUAUCAAACCGUGGGGCCAAUGCUACGAGCUCCUUACUCCCCACACCGUGGAGGAAUACUUCCAGCCAAUCAUCGGCAUCGUCCCCACCUUUCUGGACGGGCUGACGGACGAAGAGCUGAAGAAGGAAGCCAAGAACGAGGCCAAGAACGACCAGCUGUCUCAGAUCAUCAAGGCGCUGAAGUGUCUGGCCUCCCGAGUCCCCAACCAGGAGGAGACCAUGAAGAAUCUGGAGAUGUUCCGCCUCAAGAUGAUCCUCAGAUUGCUCCAGAUCUCCUCCUUCAAUGGUAAGAUGAAUGCUCUAAACGAGGUGAACAAAGUGAUCGCCAGCGUGUCGUACUACACCCACCGACACAGUGGUAUGGAGGAGGAUGAGUGGCUCACGGCUGAGAGAAUGGCGGAAUGGAUCCAGCAGAACAACGUCCUGUCCAUCGUGCUCCGUGACAGCCUGCACCAGCCCCAGUACGUGGAGAAACUAGAGAAAAUCCUGCGCUUUGUCAUCAAGGAGAAGGCUCUAACCAUGGGGGACCUGGACAACAUCUGGGCUGCACAGGCUGGGAAGCACGAGGCUAUAGUGAAGAAUGUCCACGACUUGUUGGCCAAACUGGCCUGGGACUUCUCACCAGAACAGCUUGACCAUCUCUUUGACUGCUUCAAGGAGAGCUGGAAAGAUGCCAGUAAGAAACAGCGAGAGAAGCUACUGGAGCUGAUCCGACGGCUGGCAGAGGACGACAAGGAUGGAGUCAUGGCCCACAAGGUUUUAAACCUCUUGUGGAACCUGGCGCACAGUGAAGACGUCCCCACAGACAUCAUGGACCAGGCCCUGAGUGCACACAUUAAGAUCCUGGACUACAGCUGUUCACAGGAUCGUGAUGCCCAGAAGACCCAGUGGAUCGACCGCUUUGUCGACGAACUCAAGAACGACCAGUGGGUUCUCCCCGCCCUCAAACAAAUCCGCGAAAUCUGCCAACUCUUCGGCGAGGCUCCGCAAAAUUACAACCACGCCCAGCGCAGUCCCCACGUUUACUAUCGGCACGAGGUCAUAAACCAGCUACAACAGACUCAUUCUCUAGUGACGCUCGUGGCGGAAAAUCUCGCUUCUUACAUGAACAAAGUUCGGGGAAUGCUGAAGGAAAACCCGGACAUGGACCCGAAUGUUGUCCAGCCAAGCGAGAGGUACACCCAUUUACAGCAGGUCCAGGAAAGACUCAACUUUCUUAGGUUUUUACUGAAGGACGGCCAGCUGUGGCUGUGUGCCCCUCAAGCCAAACAGAUCUGGAACUGUCUGGCUGAGAAUGCUGUGUUUGUUAGUGACAGAGAGGCUUGCUUCAAGUGGUUUUCUAAGCUGAUGGGAGAUGAGCCUGACCUUGACCCUGAGAUCAACAGAGACUUCUUUGAAGGCAACGUUCUACAGCUGGACCCAGCACUGCUUACAGAGAAUGGGAUUAAAUGCUUUGACCGGUUCUUCAAGGCAGUGAACCUGAAGGAGAACAAGCUGGUGUGCAAGCGGAGAACGUACAUGAUGGACAACCUGGAGCUGAUCGGGCUGGAGUACAUCUGGAGAGUCAUCCUCCUGGGACAGGAUGAGAUAGCAGCCAAGGCCAUCGACCUACUGAGGGAAACUUACACCAACCUGGGGCCGCGGCUACAGACUAACCAGGUUGACAUCCAUGUAGAUUUCAUCCAGUCCUGUUUUGACCGCCUGAAAGCUGCGUACGACACGAUAUGUAUCCUAGAGAACGACAAGGACAGUUUGGAGGACAUCAGAACGGAGGUCACCCGUAUGAUCCGUGUGCUGAGUGUUCUUCGGGAAUACAUCAGCGAGUACGAUAACGACUUCACCGAGGAGAGAACCAUCCUUCCAAUGGCCAGGGCCUGCAGAGGGAAGCAUGUGUCGUUGAUCGUCCGUUUCCCAAACCAGGGAAGACAGGUGGAGGAUUUGGAUGUCUGGUCUCACACAAACGAGACUGUUGGGGCACUACGGAGACACAUUCUCACCAGAGUUAAAGCAAACAAUGCCAACACCAAGCUGGACCUGUAUGUGAAUGGAGAACUGCUGGACCCAGCUGACGAUAGGAAACUCAUCUCACAGGUUCAACUGAGAGAUAAAACAUUGAUCACAGCGAAACUGUGCCAGGUGGGUGCCAACAUGCCGUCGUCUCCCGACAGCUCGUCUGACUCGUCAGUGGGUUCCCCCAGUAACAUGUUCGAUGGUCCCAAUGUGGAGGCUGAGAGCUGUCUACCUGGGGUGUUGGCAGCCCAGCAGCAGCGUUAUGCCCAGUUCCUGUUCCAGCUGUCAGACCUGGGCAGCUCCCUGGCCAUCCCCCAGCUGAGAGACGGGGCACGAUCGCUACUCAAGCUCAUGCCUGCAGAUACCCACACAGUGGAUAAGCUGCGUGCCCUGUGUCUGGACCACGCUAAGCUGGGAGAACAGAGUCUGUCCCCGUCCCUGGAGUCUCUUUUCUUCUCACAGUCCCCGGCACAAGUACUCUAUCAUCUAGAGGUUGUCUAUGCAUUGCUGAUGCCAGCCAACCAGCCAUUGGGAGAAGACGCCCUGGAGUUCCAGAUUAACUUCCUGAAGAGCGGAGGCGUGUCCUGUGUGCUCAACAUGCUGACCAAGAACAACUUUCUCCCAAAUGCUGACAUGGACACCAGAAGGUCAGCGUAUCUCCAGGUCCUGAAGGUAGGAAAGCUGAUGCUGACGACGGUUGGGUACGCCAUGGUGCAGCACGUUGCAGAGGCGUGCCAGCCGGACAGCCCCCACUCCGGCACGGUGUCUGCCAGCGCACAUAACCAUGCCAUCGUGCUGCAGCAGGCCCUACACCACAUCCCCAACCCCAACGCUGAGUGCAUGCUGCGAAACGUGGCUCUGCGACUGGGGCAGCAGUGUGUCGAGGAUGCCAUGACAACCCUCCCCGACAUGCCAGUCAUCAAGGCUAUCCAGAAGAUCUCGUGGGCAGUCGCCAGCGGCAGCAUGCAUCUGGUGCAUGGGUCCAAUGAGGAGAUACACAAGGCAUUCGAUAAGUUUCGUGUGUAUUCACAGCCAGGGCAGACCAAGCUACCUGACAGUGAAGACGUGCAGGUGUGUAAGGAGGCUCUGGAGGUCCUGACGGUGUCCUUGGCGCUGUGUCCGGUGGCUCUGGAGGCGCUGAGUAAGGACAAGGUGUGGCAGUGUGUCAUCAUCGACCUGCUGCUGCACUGUAAAAGCAGAGCGGUGCGAGUGUCUGCAGCUGAACAGUUCCUCCUCAUGGCCACCAAGUGCUGCACCGGCCACAGGCCUCUGGUCUUCUUCAUCACACUUCUGUUCACUGUCCUGUCGGGUACAGCCAAGGACCAUGCUAGAAGUUCCACAGAAUAUUUUCAGUUACUUUGUAGGCUGCUAAACUAUGCAUGUGCCAGCAAUGCCCCCCUCCCCACUGCUGAGGUUCUACUGAACAAUGAAAUCCAGUGGCUAAAGAGAGUCAGGGACAUGGUGCAACAGUCUGGGUUAGAAAACGUGAUCGACGAGGCCCUGCUAGAAGGCCACCUGGGAGUCACCUGUGAGCUACUUAGUUUCCAACCAGCCGAGAAAAAAUACCACAUAGGGUCCGAGAAGGGAGGGGCUAAUCUCAUCAAGGAGCUGGUGGAAGAGUUCCUGUUUCCGGCGUCCAAAAUCGUGUUACAGGCCAGAAAAAGCGGGGAGUACCCCAGCGAACAGGCGCUGCCCGUCUGCUCGACGUCUAACACGACAAACGCGGCCUUUGACCUGCUGGUGACGCUGUGUACGGGGUGUGUUCCCAACCUGAAGCUGCUAUCCGACAUGCUCACAGACAUGUACUACUCAGACCGAGAUGCACCCCUGAUCGAGUGGGAGUACCUGCCCCCGGUGGGACCCAGACCUGUGAAGGGGUUUGUGGGACUGAAGAACGCCGGAGCCACCUGCUACAUGAACUCUGUCAUCCAACAGUUGUACAUGAUCAACUCAGUGCGAUCUGGCAUCCUGACAGCAGAGGGAGCUGCUAAUGAUAACAUGGACGAAGAACUGUCUGGGGACGAAAAGCAGGACAGUGAGAGUAACAUCGACCCGGGAGAAGAGAGAGAAAGUUUCCACAUGGAUGACAAGCCUUCUGGGAAGCAGGAGGGGAGGAAGGAGUAUGACAUGGGGGUUUUACGUCAGAUCCAGGCCAUCUUCGGCCACCUAGCUGCUAGCAAGCUCCAGUAUUAUGUACCAAGGGGAUUCUGGAAACAAUUUAGAUUAUGGGGAGAACCAGUCAACCUUAGAGAACAACACGAUGCUCUAGAGUUCUUCAACAGCCUAGUAGACAGUCUAGACGAGGCCUUGAAGACACUCGGGUACACACCUGUCCUGUCCAAGGUGCUGGGGGGAUCCUUUGCCGACCAGAAGAUCUGCAAAGACUGUCCUCACAGAUACUCGAGAGAAGAGUCGUUCACGACCCUGAAUGUUGACAUCAGGAACCACAGUAACCUGCUGGACUCUCUGGAACAGUAUGUGAAGGGAGACCUGCUGGAGGGGGCUAAUGCCUACCACUGUGAGAAAUGUAACAAGAAGGUUGACACUGUGAAAAGAAUGUGUAUAAAGAAACUACCCCAAGUUUUAGCCAUUCAGCUGAAGAGGUUUGAUUAUGACUGGGAAAGGGAAUGUGCAAUCAAGUUCAAUGAUUACUUUGAAUUUCCUCGUGAGUUUGACAUGGAACCCUACACAGUUAAAGGACUAGCCAAAAUUGAAGGGGAAGAAAUCCAUGGAGACGAUGAGAGCCCAGACAAUGAGGAUGCCGAGCCACCCAGUACCAAAUACAGACUGACUGGCAUCCUGGUACACAGUGGACAGGCUAGUGGGGGGCACUACUACUCCUACAUCAUACAGAGGUCCCCUGAAGGCCAGCUGCGCUGGUACAAGUUUGACGAUGGGGAGGUGACAGAGUGUAAGAUGGACGAUGAUGAGGAGAUCAAGAACCAGUGCUUCGGGGGAGAGUACAUGGGGGAGGUGUUCGACCACAUGUUAAAAAGAAUGUCCUACAGACGGCAGAAGAGGUGGUGGAACGCCUACAUUCUGUUCUACGAGCGCUACGACGUAGGAGACAUCGAACACGUGUCAAAAAGUAUAGAAGAAUUGUCACUAGAAAAUAAGGGAGGUUUAGGAGUGGGCAUGCCGCUGCCCAUUGAGCGAGCGGUGAGGAAACAGAACGUCCAGUUCAUGCACAACAAGAUGCAGUACAGCCAGGAGUACUUCCAGUUCAUGCGCAAACUCAUCACCUGUAACGCUCACUACAUGAGUCUGCAGCCAGGGCAGGACGAGCUGAGCCGAGAGGUCGAGGAACUGGCCAUGUUGAGUAUCCAGCUGGCCUCCAAGUUCCUCUUCACCACGGGGUUCCACACCAAGAAGACACUCAGGGGCUCAGCGAAUGAGUGGUACGAUGCCCUGAGCGUACUGCUGCGACACAGUCGUACAGUCCGCAGCUGGUUUGCUCACAACGUGCUGUUCAGCCAUCCCAGUCGUUUCUCCGAAUACCUGCUCGAGUGCCCUAGUUCUGAGGUGAGAAAUGCCUUUGCAAAGAUUAUAGUGUUCCUGGCCCAUUUCUCAAGAGAUGAUGGUCCAUGUCCGCCUCCCUUGCUGCCUGGAAAACAAGCCCCGGCAGUGAUUGACGCGAACGCCACGUUGAGUGACCACCUGCUGACAGCUGUCCUGGCUCUACUGAAGAAGGAGGUAUCCGAGCACGGCAGACAUCUCACCCAGUACUUCCACCUCUUCCUCAUGUAUGCAAACCUCGGCCUGCCAGAGAGAACACAGCUGCUGAAGCUGAACGUACCCGCCAUGUUCAUGCUGGUUGCGCUGGACGAGGGGCCGGGACCCCCCAUCAAGUACCAGUACGCCGAGCUGGGCAAGCUGUACUCCGUCGUCUCGCUGCUGGUGCGCUGCUGUGAUGUCUCCAAGUACAUGCAGUCUUCUAUAUCUGGAAACCCUCCCCUAGCCAACCCCCACGGCGACCCCGUGUGUCAGCAGCCCAUCAUGCCACUACAACCUCAAGUGCACGAGAUCCUGUUCGUCAGAACAAGCUACGUCAAGAAGUUGAUAGAAGACUGCAACAACUCUGAGGAGACUACAAAGUUGCUUCGGUUUUGUUGCUGGGAGAACCCCCACUUCUCGUCGACAGUCCUGAGCGAGCUUCUGUGGCAGGUGGCGUACUCGUACACGUACGAGCUCAGGCCGUACCUGGACCUGCUGCUGCAGAUGCUGCUCAUCGAGGACUCCUGGCAGAACCACAGAAUACACAAUGCACUCAAAGAACCACAGAAUGUACAAAGACUCGAAGGCAUUCCAGACGAUCGGGACGGUUUGUUCGACACCAUUCAGCGCUCCAAAAACCACUAUCAGAAGCGGGCCUACCAGUGCAUUAAGUUCAUGGUGGCACUUUUCAGCAGCUGCAUGCCAGCCCAGCAGAUGUUACAGAGUAACGGGGACCUGAAACGCAAGUGGACCUGGGCUGUGGAGUGGCUGGGAGAUGAGCUCGAGAGGAGGCCUUACUCAGCCAACACUCAGUACACCUACAACAACUGGUCCCCUCCCGCACAGUCCAACGAAACUUCUAAUGGGUACUUCCUGGAGAGGUCACACAGUGCUCGUCUAACGCUGUCUAAGGCCUGUGAGCUAUGCCCAGAGGAGGAGCCAGAGGAGCAGGAGGUAGUGGAUGAUGCGGACAGCUCGCCGCCGGACACAGGCGUGACCACACACUACUCCCAGCAGCAGAUCCACCAUAUCCAGCAGCAGCAGCACCCAGCUACAACACACCAUGGAGUCAGCAUUCCCCCUAAUAACCAGGCGAAUCCUGGAAACUACGUCCCUCCAGCCAACAUCCACCACCAAAACAACACCAUCAACAACGCGCUGACCGGCCAAUCACGUCAGCCGGUCCAGUCACAUGACAACAACUCCGACAACGGCGAAGAUAGCGACAGCAUUCAAGGUCGAAGCAACAAUGAGUUGUGACGACAAGAUUGCUGAAGAAGAAAAAAAACUCCUCUGUACUUCCCACUGUAUAAUUCCCUGCCCUGCAAUACUCUUAUUUUGAAUAUGUUAGACAACGUUAUACUUUACUUGUACAGCAUGUUGUGUGUGGUAGUUUCUUGUAAGAACUGCCAUGUACUUUAAGAUAAGAACAUUCACAAAUGCCCUGCACUUUUUGUUUUGCAAAAGAUGUCCACUGCAGUGAGCUAUAGAGAAUGUUUUAAAAUCACUUCAGUGGAUAUUUGAUGUUCAUAUUUGAGUAAGGUUGUUGCAAAAAUACCACCCCGGAAAAAUGUAUGCUUCUUCACUAUGAAAAUUAAAUACAAUAUACUCCUACAAUGUAUUAUGCAACAUUAAAAUCACAUAAUAAUAACCUUUUUUCCCCUCAAUUUGCAAAUGUGUUUCUACAAAUUAUUUAUUGGUUCCACGUGAUGUUAUAAUUUAAUUUGAUGAAACUCAAAGUCUUAAAGAUGGCACUUUUCUUGCCAUUGUCUUGUAAGAAAGUGUAUCUGCAUCCACACUGCAAGCAAAAGCAAAGGUUUCUUAGCAAUCGUUGUCUGCCUUGCUUGGGUGUAAGAAAGUUGGUGCAGUACCAUUCCGACACAUAUCUUUCUUUCUGAGCAAUAUGUUUUUAAAACUUUUCCUGCUUUCUGUUGAAAUUGUCAAAAACUUUCUUUGAGUAGGCAGUUCACCUUUACGAAAAGACUAUUGCUGUGAUUCCCGGUUGUGAAAAGGGAGUAGUAUUUGUACAAAAUGAAGGAAUGCACCAUUCCUACCAUGUUGCAUGAGGUUGAUGGAGAGGUGACAGCAAACAGAAAGAAAACGUUUUAUAUUCUAGCCCCAAAAUGUACAUGAACCCAUUUGUAUUAUGCCAGCAAAAAAGUAUGAUAACGUAUAAAAAUUGUACGAGUAUUGAAGUAUAUCCAUAGGUGACACCCCUUACCAAGUGGGAUGGGUCAUUGUGGUACUACUUACAUGGUACUGAUAGUUCUUCAAUUGAGUUACACGCUUUCAUUUUAAUUUUGAGACUUUCUCAUGUAGUGAUGAUUUUAUGUGCGACUCGAACCGAAGUUAAAGAUGGGGGUUGUGAAAUUAUAACAAAAGAGAUCAAAGCGCAAGGAAGAAAAAACCUGCUCCGUUUUGACUGAUGCUAUUUUUAAGCAGAGUAGGCCCAUGCUUUGUUAGACGUUAGUUGUAGGAGGGCAGACCAAGGGUUUGAAAUCUCAUUUUUAUCAGCCGUUGCUGCACAGAUUUUUCGUGGCUGAUGAGAAGUAUUUUGAACGGACCACGCUCCCUUGCCUUCUCAUGUUCAGAGGGAGUCGAUGUACAGAUAUGUUGUUCAUACAUGUAACUGAUGUUGUCUUUAAAUGCCUGUGAAAAUAUUGAAAGAAAAAGUGAAUAUUCAAUGACUCACUAGGAAAGGAAUGCGUGUGUAUGGUCGAAGCACUUUGUUAUUAACAAUCAAACAACGCUGUUUGCUUGUAAAAUGAGGGGUACCAAAGGGGAAAAAGCAACAUAUGAUGUUAUAUAUUAAGAAACUUUAGGUGAAGAAAAAUGCUUGUCUGUUAAAGAUGAAUGAAAAUGAGUCAAAACUCCUACGGGGUUGAGUUGAAGUGUUCUGAUGUAUAGAAAAGGAUGAAGAAUAAAGAGAAAUCGUCCAAGCACCAA